AUGACCGUGCUGUCGAGAUUGUUCCUCGAUUUGUCGCGGCGAUACGGACGUUGUUCCGUCUUCGCGCGUCGCGGAUCUUCGAAAGUUCCUCCGAUCGACGAGCGGAAGGUCCAGAGAGUCGAGAAGAGCGCGAAAGGAUCGACGAGACGGGAGAAGGAUGAGAAUACGCAAAGGGGCGAUGAGGCUAGCGAUGUAAGGGUGUGCAUCAUCGGCGGGGGAGUGACGCCUCUCUACACCGCGAUUCUCUUGAAGCAAUAUCGGAUUAUCAAGAGCAUACGCCUGGUGGACAUGAGGGACUCCACGUCGGAGGCUUUGACGGACGCGUCGCACCUGGAGACCAGUCCUCGUAUAGAUUACUUCCGGAAAAAAGAUAUAAAGCGGGCCCUGAGGGAAGCGAACAUCGUCGCGCUCAUGGACGAGACGGACGUCGGCGCGGCGGGCAACGCGGCGACCCGGGAGCAAUUCAAAUCGACGGCCGACUACGUGCGUCAGACGACAGAUCGGAUACUGCGCUUCUGCCCGGACGCCGUCGUGGCCGUGUUCGCGCGUCCCGUCACCGCCACGCUCGCCAUGGUCUCGGAGAUCUUCCGGUCCUCGGGCUGGUGGAAUCCCGACCGGAUCGUCGGCUCGACCGCGAUGUAUGGCGGACGGAUCGAGGAGGUGACGGCGGCCAUCCUCAACCUGGAGCGCGCGAGCCUCUCGGUGCCGCUGGCCGGCGGCGCCGACGCGCGAACCGUCGUGCCGUUAUUGUCGCGCACCGUUCCGUUCAACCAAUUCACGAAAGUGCAACGCAAGACUCUGCUGCAAUCGUUUCGGGCCGUUGACGAGGAGGCAGGGACAGGGCUUCCCGGCGAGGGCCCAUCGUUAUCGUCUGGAACGGCCGCUGCGAAACUGCUGAUCGACCUCGCCGCCGGUCUAACUGGACAUGAUCACGUCGUCACCUGCGCCUACGUGCGAUCAGACGUCCUACCGCUCUGCCGAUUUUUCACCAGCGAGUUGGAACUAGGCCCGGGAGGCGUCAAGCGAAAUUUGGGCCUGCCAAAGAUCUCGGCUGGGGAAGUACUCCUGAUUGAGCAAGCGAUACCCCUGAUCAACGAGCACGUUGACAUGGCGAUAGCGGCGGUCCGGACGGAGAAGACGCGCGCGCGAACGCGGUGA